AUGAAGUGUGAGGUGGCAUGCAGCCUUCUGACCAAAUCUUUACCAUGGAGGUCUGCUCCUCCACCAUCCCAAGAGGUCCAUCAUCACCGUCUUCAACUCCGCGCUGAGCUCGAGCUCUGUAGCUGCAACACUGGCACUGGACUGGACAAGAACUUGGCUGAUGGUCUCCUGGUUGGUAUAGCCUUCCAUCACAGUGGUCUCACUACGGAAGAGCGAGACAUUGUCGAACGAGGGUACCGGAGUGGGGCUAUCACAUGCCUGGCUUGCACUAGUACUCUCGCAGCCGGUGUGAACCUUCCCGCACAGCGAGUCGUCUUUCGUACUCCAUUCAUUGCCACGGAGUUUCUUGAUACGACGAGAUACCGGCAGAUGGCUGGCCGUGCCGGUCGGUCGGGUCAUUCGAGUGCCUCGGGUGAAAGCUAUGUUAUCUGUUCCAAUGAGGUGGAGAAGAGACGUGUGACAUCGAUGGCCGUGGCGACGUUGCCACCUCUGAGGAGCGCGCUAGGCCAGAACUGUGUGGGCCUACAGCGACUUUUAUUGGAGGUUAUGGCGACAGCCGGCCAAAUGAGAGACGAUCAAAUCAUGCGGCUUGCGAGGUCCACCUUUCUGGACCGUCAACUUGAGGCACCAGGCAAUGAGAAGAAGAGGCGCAACAGCGUGGCCGACGAUUUUCCUGCGGUUCACGCCGGCAUGAAGUACUUGCUCUCAUCUGGGAUGGUAUACUUCAACCGUGACAGUCAACUUUAUAUGGCAACCCAUCUUGGCCGAGCGGUGUGUGCUAGUGGUCUCAGCUGCGAAGCAGGUAUCGUACUCUGGGAGGAGCUGAAGCGGCUUCGCAAUGAGACAGGUCUAUGCCUAGAGGGAGAUCUCCACUUGGUGUAUCUAGCCACACCAUGGGAGGCAUCAGUAUCCGAGUCCUUGAUCGACUGGAAUACCUAUGCUGCCGUCGUCGAGA